AUGAACCAGAAACACAACCCUCCUCCCAUCACUCUUGUGUGUGAUGAUUAUUCUCAAGAAUUCUUGACUCAACCGAAUCAUUCCACAGAAGCAUGGGCAGAAGCAGAAGAAGAAACACCAACAACCAUAGAACAUGCAAACGAUCAAACCGACGCAUCUUCUUCGCUGAUUGAAACACCAAUGGGAGUUGCUUCUACUUCAAUUGGUAAUUUGGAUGAUCAUGUUCAUAUUGACGAGUCAUCUCAUUCAUCUGAUGAUACUCUCCAUCAUGUUCAUGUACCUCAUGUUUCAGAUGAUCAAAAGGAGACAAAUGUCAACUUGUUACGAAUGAAUGAAAAUCCAAAUAGUUUCAAUUCAAAACAACAACCACAACUACAAACACCUCCAGCACCACCGAAACAAAACGAGUCGACCUCUCUUCCACAUGAUAACCACUCAUUAAGCCCAAUACGACUUGUUCCAAUCGAUCGUCAUGUUCCUGCGAAUGAACAUGUCGAUGAUGAUUGUUGUUAUAAUUAUGGACAAGUCACAAUAUCGAGUCAAGAGAAUGAUCAUUUCAACCACAUUAAGGAUGAACAUGAAAAUUCUUUCUUGAACUCAAAUGAAGAAAAAUUUGAAACAUUUACAGAGAUGAAUUCUGAAGAUGAUUUUGGACAGAUCAUUGACGAAUGCAUUUCAUUGACAACAACACCUCAAUUUGUUGAUCAUACGUGUGCUUUUCCAGCCAAUGUCAAUACCAUGUCCAUGACAUUGAAUUCUCAAAAUAAUGUUAAUACUCAAAAUAAUUCUAACCUUAAUUCUCAACUAUUUCUAUUAAUCUCACAAUUCUUACAACAAAUUCAAACAAGUCAUCAACAACAACCAACGAUGACCAGUGACAUUUCCAGUCGUGACCAUUUGAAAAGAAAGUAUAUUUCACAGGAACAUGUUGAAAUAUCUUCUUCACUCGAAAAGUCGCCUCAAUACAAGAAAUCAAAAAAGAAAAAACAUUCUUCUCUGACGAUCGAUAAUCUCAACGAUUUGAAUUCUUUUCCCUCUCAAGACGAAGAACCAAAUGUUGCUGAUUCAUUGAUGAAUGAGAACCAAUCAGUUUUGAAACCAUAUAACAGCCAUUGGAAUGAUGGUUUGUUGAACUUUGAAAACUCUAACCAAUAUCAAUCAUCUAAUAAUUACACUAUCAAUUAUAAUAGUAACAAUAAUAAUUACAAUACUGGUAGUGAUAUUAUUAACAGUACUACAAACAAUUACAAUAUGAUUCGUGACCUUUCUGAAGCAUCCAUGGAGCUACAGCAAGACAACGAACAAGCUGAACCUCAAAGGGAAUUCGAAGAUUCGAUUUCUCUUAAGAAUUCCAAAAAUAAUUUCCAUAACGGGAAUGAUCCAGAUGAUCAUGACACUCAUCCAAAAUUGCCAUGA